AUGGCUUCCUACUUUACUGAAAUCAAACAAUUACCACCUGACCCACUUUUCGGCCUUAAAGCCCGCUACACCGCCGACCCCAGAUCCGAUAAGGUCGACUUGGGUAUCGGUGCUUACAGAGACAACAAUGGUAAGCCUUGGAUCUUGCCCGCUGUCCGUGGCGCUGAGAAGAAAUUGAUCGAGUCUCCAGGCUACAACCACGAGUACUUGGGUAUCUCUGGAUACGAGCCUUUCUUGACUGCAGCAGCUGAGGUCAUCUUGGGUGCCAACUCCAGAGCCAUUAGUGAGUCUGCUAUUGUCUCGCAGCAGUCUUUGUCUGGAACCGGUGCAUUGCACUUGGUCGCUGUGUUUUUGAACGAGUUCUUCGCCGGAAACAAGACUGUGUACUUGUCGAAACCUACUUGGGCAAACCACCAUUCGGUGUUCUUGUCUGCUGGCUUGAAGGUCGACACAUACCCAUACUGGGAUGCCGAGAACAAAAAGUUGGACAUUGAGGGCUUUGUCAGCACAAUCCAAAACGCUCCACAGGGUUCUAUCAUCUUGUUGCAUCCUUGUGCACACAACCCUACCGGCUUGGACCCUACUCCAGCUGAGUGGAACAGAAUCUUGGACGCUAUUGCCGAGAGAAAGCACUUGCCAAUUUUCGACUCUGCUUACCAGGGUUUUGCCUCCGGUAGCUUGGAGAAGGAUGCAGCCUCAAUUAGAACUGCCAUUGACUCUGGCAAGAUUUCCUCCCCUAUCUUUGUGUGUCAGUCCUUUGCAAAGAAUGUCGGUAUGUACGGAGAGCGUGUAGGUGCUUUGCACGUUAUUUUGCCAGCUGGUGAGUCCGCAGAGAGUAAAGAGACAUUGAAGAGUGCCAUCAAGUCUCAAUUGAACAAAUUGACUAGAUCUGAGAUCUCCAACCCUCCAGCCUAUGGUGCUAAAAUAGUAGCUACAGUGUUGACUGACCCAGAGUCUAGAAAGCAAUGGGAAGAAGACUUGGUCACCAUGUCCUCUCGUAUCAUUAAGAUGAGAAAUGAAUUGAAACUGAAAUUGAUUGGAUUGGGAACUCCAGGAACCUGGGAUCACAUCACUAACCAGACUGGUAUGUUCUCCUUCACUGGCUUGACACCUGACAUGGCUGAGAGAUUGGAGAAGGUUCACGGUGUUUACUUGAUGAGCUCUGGAAGAGCCAGUGUAGCCGGAUUGAACGACGGAAAUGUUGACAAGGUUGCUCGGGCUUUCGAUGAGGUGAUCAGAUUCUGCUCCAAGUCGAAGUUGUAA